ACCUCGGAGAGCGCCAGGAGCCGCUACCAGAGGGACUGGAGAAGCGGCCGGAGCCGGGCCGGUCGGACGCUUGCGAGCCCGCUUCCCUCCGAAUCCCCAGCUUUCCGGGCUGUCAGUCGGCUAGCGGCGACUGAGGAAGGUGCCUAAGUCGGGAGUCAGAUAGUCAUCCCCUUGGGACGCCGACGCCGCCGUCCAGCCGCGGCUCCCUCGCACCUGUUUUUUAAAAUGAAGAAGUUUAAUUUCCGAAAAGUUUUGGAUGGCUUAACGGCCUCAUCCCCUGGCAGUGGCAGCGGCAGUGGCAGUAACAGUGGUGGCGGGGCUGGAAGUGGUUCCACACAUCCGGCAGGGACUGCAGGGAUUCUCAGAGAGGAGAUUCAGGAAACCUUGACUUCAGACUAUUUCCAAAUUUGUAAGACAGUUCGGCAUGGUUUUCCUUAUCAGCCCACCACAUUAGCCUUUGAUCCAGUUCAGAAAAUCUUGGCUAUUGGGACGAGAACUGGUGCUAUACGAAUACUUGGAAGACCUGGUGUUGAUUGUUAUUGUCAACAUGAAAGUGGUGCGGCUGUCCUGCAGCUCCAGUUCUUAAUUAAUGAGGGCGCUUUGGUCAGUGCAGGUUCAGAUGAUACACUUCAUUUGUGGAACCUUAGACAAAAAAGGCCAGCUAUUCUUCAUUCUCUCAAAUUUAACAGAGAACGAAUUACUUACUGUCAUCUACCUUUCCAGAGUAAAUGGCUCUAUGUUGGAACAGAAAGAGGAAAUACACAUAUUGUAAAUAUUGAAUCUUUCAUUCUUUCUGGAUAUGUUAUCAUGUGGAACAAGGCAAUUGAACUAUCCACAAAGACUCAUCCAGGUCCAGUUGUGCAUUUAAGUGAUAGUCCAAGAGAUGAAGGGAAAUUGCUAAUAGGUUAUGAAAAUGGUACUGUAGUUUUCUGGGACUUGAAAUCCAAAAGAGCAGAACUGAGAGUUUACUAUGAUGAGGCUAUUCAUUCAAUUGAUUGGCAUCAUGAGGGCAAACAAUUCAUGUGCAGCCAUUCAGAUGGUAGCUUGACUUUAUGGAACCUGAAAAGCCCAAGUCGUCCUUUCCAGACCACAGUUCCACAUGGAAAAAGUCAAAGAGAAGGAAGAAAACCUGAAUCUUGCAAACCAAUUCUUAAAGUAGAAUACAAGACUUGUAGAAACAGUGAACCAUUCAUAAUAUUUUCUGGUGGACUGUCCUAUGACAAAGCUUGCAGAAGACCAAGUUUAACCAUCAUGCAUGGAAAAGCAAUCACAGUGCUUGAAAUGGAUCACCCUAUUGUUGAAUUUCUAACUUUGUGUGAAACACCCUAUCCAAAUGAAUUUCAAGAACCUUAUGCUGUUGCAGUACUUCUGGAGAAAGAUCUCAUUGUAGUUGAUCUGACACAAAGCAACUUUCCAAUCUUUGAAAAUCCAUAUCCCAUGGACAUUCAUGAAUCACCAGUUACGUGCACAGCAUACUUUGCUGACUGCCCACCAGAUUUGAUUCUAGUGCUCUACUCUAUAGGAGUCAAGCAUAAAAAACAAGGAUACAGUAAUAAGGAGUGGCCAAUCAGUGGAGGAGCUUGGAACCUUGGCACACAAACAUAUCCAGAAAUCAUUAUUACUGGGCAUGCAGAUGGAUCAGUCAAGUUUUGGGAUGCAUCUGCAAUAACUCUGCAGAUGCUAUACAAGCUAAAAACUUCAAAAGUGUUUGAAAAACAGAAGGUAGGAGAAGGAAAACAAACAUGUGAGAUUGUAGAGGAAGACCCAUAUGCCAUUCAGAUGAUCUGCUGGUGUCCAGAGAGCAGAAUAUUCUGUGUAUCAGGAGUCUCUGCAUAUGUCAUAAUUUAUAAAUUCAGCAGACAUGAAAUUACAACAGAAAUAGUGUCUUUAGAGGUACGACUGCAGUAUGAUAUUGAAGAUAUUAUUACCCCAGAACCAGAAACAAGUCCUCCAUUUCCAGAUCUUUCAUCCCAGCUUCCUUCAAGGAGUCUCUCUGGGAGCACUAACACUGUGGCUAGUGAAGGAGUAACAAAGGACAGUAUCCCAUGCCUCAAUGUUAAAACACGACCAGUGCGGAUGCCUCCGGGAUAUCAAGCAGAACUUGUUAUUCAGUUGGUGUGGGUGGACGGUGAACCUCCACAGCAGAUUACUAGCCUUGCUGUGAGCUCAGCGUAUGGAAUAGUUGCAUUUGGGAACUGCAAUGGGUUGGCUGUGGUGGAUUUUAUACAGAAGACUGUACUGUUAAGCAUGGGGACCAUUGACCUGUAUAGAUCAAGUGACAUAUACCAACGACAACCACGGUCUCCUCGAAAAAACAAGCAGUUCAUUGCAGACAACUUUUGCAUGCGUGGCCUGUCUAACUUUUAUCCUGAUUUAACGAAACGGAUCCGUACUUCCUAUCAGAGCUUAACUGAGUUGAAUGACAGUCCAGUUCCCCAGGAGCUUGAGCGCUGCAAGUCACCUACUUCAGGACUUGCUACCAGAACUCCCGAGGCAGCACCAGGCUUUUAUAGGAAUGAAAUACCAGCUAUGAGACAGAGGAAUCAAGUACAUCAUUUGCCAGACCAUGUAAAUGGACACUGCACAAGUCCCACUUCUCAGAGCUGCAGUUCUGGAAAACGACUUUCCAGUGCUGAUGUUUCAAAAAUAAAUCGCUGGGGUCCUGGAAGACCACCAUUUCGAAAAGCACAGUCAGCUGCUUGCAUGGAGAUUUCUUUGCCAGUUACAACAGAAGAAAGUCGAGAAAAUUCCUACAAUCGUUCUAGAAGCUCUAGCAUCUCCAGCAUUGACAAAGAUUCUAAAGAAGCGAUUACAGCACUAUACUUCAUGGAGUCCUUUGCUCGGAAAAAUGACUCUACUAUCUCCCCUUGUUUGUUUGUUGGAACUAGUCUGGGAAUGGUGUUAAUCAUCUCCCUAAACCUACCUUCAGCAGAUGAACAAAGACUUACAGAGCCAGUCAUGGUACUGCCAAGUGGUACAUUCCUCUCAUUGAAAGGAGCUGUCCUAACAUUCUCCUGUAUGGACCGAACUGGUGGGUUAAUGCAACCACCAUACGAAGUCUGGAGGGAUCCAAACAACAUAGAUGAAAAUGAGAAAUCUUGGAGAAGGAAACUGGUCAUGAACUGCCCCUCUCCAUCCCAAGAAACAGGAGAUCAUCAGUAUACAAUAAUCUGCUCAGAGAAACAAGCUAAAGUCUUCUCACUGCCUUCUCAGACUUGCCUCUAUGUUCAUAACAUCACAGAAACAUCUUUUAUACUGCAAGCAGAUGUGGUGGUCAUGUGUAACAGUGCCUGCUUGGCAUGCUUCUGUGCCAAUGGGCAUAUCAUGAUAAUGAGCCUACCUAGUCUUCGCCCAAUGUUAGAUGUUAAUUAUUUGCCACUGACAGACAUGCGGAUAGCACGGACAUUUUGUUUUACCAAUGAAGGACAGGCAUUAUACCUCGUCUCUCCUACUGAAAUUCAGCGGUUAACAUACAGCCAAGAGAUGUGUGAUAAUCUACAGGACAUGCUGGGAGAUUUGUUUACUCCUAUAGAGACACCAGAAGCUCAAAACAGAGGCUUUCUCAAGGGUUUGUUUGGUGGAAGUGGACAAACAUUUGACAGAGAAGAGCUCUUUGGGGAAGCUUCCGCAGGAAAAGCAUCACGCAGCCUCGCACAGCACAUUCCUGGACCAGGUGGUAUAGAAGGGAUGAAAGGUGCUGCCGGAGGGGUGAUGGGAGAGCUGACUCGUGCACGGAUCGCACUUGAUGAGAGAGGACAGAGGCUAGGAGAGCUGGAAGAGAAAACUGCAGGCAUGAUGACCAGUGCAGAGGCAUUUUCCAAACAUGCACACGAGUUAAUGCUGAAAUAUAAGGAUAAGAAAUGGUACCAAUUCUAAACUUCAAAAGAAGUUAUGACUGCUUUGAGAAACCAUUAUUCAGGGAAACCAAAUUUAUUCCCAGCAUCAAUACUCAACUGCUAGAAGCCAGUUUCUUCUACAAAAUGUUCCAUUACAGUCCAUCUGAAUUUAUCAUAAGGGAGACUUAUCAGAGACACUGUACAAUCCAAGGCUGGAAUCCUGGUUAAAAUCCCAAGAUAUGGCUGAAUUUGCCUUUUCCCACAUGGAAUGGAGCUAUCAUCUUGGCAUGUCGUUUGCUAAGGAUUUACAUUUAGGAACUACGGGGAGUCCUUCUGAUUUGAAAAAAUCCUGUACAAACAAAAAGCAUUAAUGCACUUAAUGAAACAAAAUGCAUGAUAAAUUAACAUCUUAAGAGGAAAAGAAAAAAGCAUGUUGUGACAGAAGAAAAAAAAGAUUUACGGUAAACUAUUUUUAUAAAUUGGGCCACACCUGACAAUUUAAAAAAAUCUGUGUUAGAAUAUAAAUGCAUUUCAAGUACAUUUGCGAUACCCAGCUGACAAAGCAAACAAAACCAGAGUUUUCUUGUCAUCUCUAACUUUCAUUAUAUACUAGGACAUUAUUGAAUUCUUAUGUCAAGAGUCUGAUUAACAUUGUUUUCUCUCCGUAAAAUAUUUUACAUUAUUCACAGUUCUCAAUCAUAAUCAAAUAUAGCCAGUACAGUAAAUUAUUCCUAACACAAUUAUUUCCAUCACCUUCAGAACAAGUUGCUAUUUUUAGUCACAACCAAUGCAGGGUUGGGUCACCCUGUAUUUUUUCAGCUUGGCUUAUACUCUGCAGGGGAGUUGACAAUAGGUUUGGGGAAACUAGACUCACAAGAACAAUGCAGUUAGCUUUGAGAACUGAUUUCACACACUCUGGUUUCAGUUUCUAAAGUGAUAUAUUUUUAAUGUUCCAUUUGUAUCCCUGUCUGCCGAUUACACAGUACAUUACUGUUUAGUCCCCGUGGGGUCUUCAAUUCAAAGGUGCUCUUGCAGCCUGAUACUCACAGACCAAACUGGUCAUUCUCUAGUCUGAUUCAGUAAAACCUCAGUUAAUGUUUUAGGAAAGGGAUUCUGACAUUUCUGAUUAACAAGGGCUUUCAUUAGAAAUUGCUUUGUGGUUCAAUAUUUAUUACCAGGUUAUAAAAUGUGGUGGUGUUUUUGCUAGCUUGGGUUUAGUCACCACUAUGGAUGACAGAAACAGAGAGUGUAAUGAUACAAAAUCAAUACUUUUGUCACUCAAUUGGCUAAAUAACAUAAGCUACAGGAUUAUAUCAACAGAUACCAAACAUCUACUCAUUAUUAAGAACUCUUCUAAAAGUGGAAGAAAGAAUAUCCUUAAUAUGAUAAAAGAUAUCUAUCAGAACAAAGAAGUAGUAGAGGCCAACAAGAUAAGACACCUGCUACCAUUAUUUAACAUGAUUCUGGAAGUCAGGUCAUAGGAAAUGCAGCUUCUGGGACCCAUCCAAUAAUAUGUAUGUUUUUCUUUCAAAAAGAAUCUUUUCAAAGAAAAUUAAUGGGUUCGACUCAUUGAAUUUUGGUUAAUCAGGGUCUUAAUAGACUUACAUUGUGUUUCUUCAGAAUUCUCCAUUUUCCUUAAGUCCAGGAUCUUUUAUUAGCCAAAAAUAGUAUUUGAGCUUUUUUUUUUUUAGUUUUUAAACUUCUGGUGAAUUUGUUUUAAGAGGCAUUUCUUUAAUGUUCUCAGUAAUUUUGACAAGAGCAAAUUAAUUUUGAGAAAGAAAACAAAUACAGAAUAUUUUAAAGCAUACAAACAAAAAAAAAAAAAAAAACCAGAAAGGACAAAAUAGCAUUUCACAGAAGUGCUUAAAACUCUGACCUUAAUGAACAGACCAAAAGUUUAUAACUGGCACAUCAAUUAGAAGUAAGGUGCUUCUGAAAUGCUUGAAAAGAGGUUCUUUUUGUCUUUCAAUAUAGUUUUUAUAAACCCUUUCUUAAUGUAAGGGUAACUUCAUCCCACAAACUUGUGAUUAGUGGAAUACAAAUUAAUGAGGUUUUACUGUAUCAAAAUUAUUUUUAUAAUUCAAAGAGAUAGCAAUAACAAGAAUGUGAUAUGGAUGUGAUUUUUCUCUGAACAUUCUGUUGUACUGACCUUAGCACACGCGCGCACAGACACACACAUACAUACUACUACCACCACCUAAUCAUCACCAUCAUCUUUGGAAAACAACUACUGUUGAUGCAUGGAAUACUUUACAUCUCUCUUCUCUACUAUUUAACUGUCUUGCCUUUACCUUGAAACAUAAGAAAAAUACUCCUAGUAACUUGAACAAUGAUAGAGAAAAUAACUCUGAGCCUUAGUUGUCAUUAAAUUAUGUUUUGUCUGCUUAAGGUGAUAUCAGAAGAUAAGGCUUGCAGUCUAUAAGUUGACCUUAUCUCCUUAUGACUCCCUAAAGAGAGAAGCCUUUCUUACUGUCCCAGGAGAGAAGUAGGCCUUUAGCAUUAUAAUUCAUCAUGAAAAAUUGAAAGCAUGUUUUUCUGGUUCUAAUAAUGCCAGCAAUAAUCCCUACCGAUAAAUUAUCUUAACCCUGGAGUUUGGAGGGAUGGAUGACUGAUUCAUCAUUUAUUUUAAUCCCCUGCAAGAAGCAGUACUAUCAGCUCUGCUUCCUACACUUCACUGAGACCCAGACUUAGUGCCCUAGUCGUCAUCAGGAUCACUGUCUAACUUUGGAAGGAUGGUGACAGAACUGAGUGAGAUGUUUUCUGAUAAUUUAGUCAUAAAGAUUAUUUUUCAAACCUUUCAUAUAGCUUUAGAAUGAUUCUCAAAUUCUCAGAAUCCAAUGUCUCUACUACUCAAAGAUACUAAGGGAUUAUAAAGGAAAAAGUUUACUGUUGGAGUCCUUUUAUAAAAAUGUGAACCAUAUGUCUGUUACCUGCAUUAAGAGGUUACCAUGGCUUUGAGAAAAGAAAAGGAAAAUAAAGAUUAUGUCCAAGGUUGGCUGAAGGAGAUUAAGAAGAGUAAACUAAAAAUCUUCAUUGGGUUAGGAUCAUUGGGACAACCCAGGAGUUUAUCUGUAUGAUUAUAGUUUGUCCUUGUGGGAAGACACCGUAACUUGAUCACCUUUGUUCAGAGAGGGCAAUGCCAAAGCGAGUCAACAUUCCUGCCAGGUCUUGCUCUUUGCAUCAGGAGAAACAUGGUAGUUUCGCAGCUUCUUCACCUCUGUCCUCUGUUGCCCCAACCCCACUUCUGAGCAGUUACUGUUUCAUAGACGCACUGCUCCAGAUGUCACAAAUACAUGCCAGUAAGUCACAUAAUUGGACUGCACUAUUGUAGGGAGCAUGGUUGUAGAAGUUUAUUGUAUAUAUUUGCAGACAACAUAGCCCUGAAAGGACAAAAUGCAAAACAGGAAAGGUCUGACUUGGGGAAGAAGAGGAAGUACCAACUUAGUACAGGCAGGCUCAGGCAGACAGGGACAUGGGAGCCAGAGUGAAGUAGAAGCAGCUUUGAUGGAGAACUGAAGCACAGCUGGUCUAUUCAAACACUUAUGUAGGGAAGUGAUUCUCAACUUUGGCUGUGCAUAAGAAUCACCUAAGGAGCUUCUAAAAUUCCCAGUUACACCCAAAUCUUUCAGAGUGGAAACCAAACAUGAGUACUUCUGAAAGCCUCCAAGAUAGUUCCAAUGUCCAGCCAAGGUCAAUCACUACUACUAAGGAAGACACAUUUGUCUGUACUGGCCAGUGUUCAAGCCCCACUUCUGAGGCAUCAAGGAAAGUAAGAUAUUGGAGAUACAGUGUUGGCCAGACUGAUAUCUGUGUUGCAACCCAAAACAAGUCUUCUGUACAAAUUUCUGACCAGGCAGUGGUCCAUUAACUCUUAUUAACUCUGUCUUUGUGAUUGUCUCCUAGUGACUUUGCCACUAAUUAUUCCCGUUCAAACAUCUAGAUUUUGAUUGCCUUAAACACGUGACAUCAAAAGACACCAGAGAUAUCAUAAAAGUUCAAUAGCAUUAACACUAAGUGGAAAACUAAUUCUUACUAGUUGGAUAGCAGAAAUUCUCAAAACGAUCAUAUACUAAAUCAGGUCCAAAUUUAUUACGCAUUUUUCAUUUGGAGGAGACAUGGAUACCAGCUACGUGUUCUGCCACAGUGACGUUUUAUUGAACUUAAUCUUAGCAAGAAGAGAGAACAUCUCUCCUUUUUUGAUUGUUGUCUUUGCUCCCAGGACAAAGUAUUUGGGAUUUAUUUUCUAAGUUACUAGACUUGUGUUUAAAGGAAAAAGGCUUCCAACUCUCUGUGUGGCCUCCAGUGCCCUGAAAAAGUGCUUUCACCUUCAAAAAGGGAGAGUCUUCCUAUCCAAGGAAAUACUAGUUAAUGAAAAAAUGGGAGUUCCGUUCUCUCAUCUCACACUGCUCCCCUAUGGUAUUGGCCCACCCUUCUCAACUACAAAGCCAGAAAAUGAACUAGGUGGUGGUUAUUGACAAGUGUACACAGGAUCAAAAUCUCUAAUAACCUAUAAUUUUUAGUACUUAAUUAUGUGAUGUUUUAUUCUAGGAAAUAAGAAACAGAUGACAUCAUUGAUGUAUCUUUCUUUCAUCUUCAGAAUUUUUGCAUCUUUUCAGAAAAUGACAAAUUACUAUUUUUCUGUUGCACUCAGCAAUUGUGACUAUACUUAAAAUUCUUGUAGUCUGUAGAGAUAUCAAUAAAAUUGUAUAUGUUUGUA